AUGGAUUCUGAAUAUCAACAUCGUGUCCUACCUACUGCUUCAAAUAGACGACGUCGUGAAUUUGAUGUAGACCAUGAACAAGGACGAGGGCGUAGGCGAGGACGAGGUCAAGGUCGUGGUCGAGGUCGUGAUCCAGUUUUGGUAGAAAAUGAUAUCCCCAGUGCCAGUCAAAGUCGGAGCCGAAGCCAAAGACGAGUUCAAGGUUAUGAUAUGCCUGACAUUGCUGUGGAGGAUGCCUAUUUACCUGAUUUUCUUCCUGUCCAGGAAGAGGACCUUACUUAUGCUUUUCCAGGUGGACCGAUUGAUCCAGAACGAGGGCCCUUAAAGUGUCAUAAUCACUAUUCGAAGAUCCUUGCAUGGCCAUGGUGGUCAGUAGACAACAACACCAGAUUCAAAGCCAUUAUUGAGCAGUCUAGGCUGUCACAGUUAGCUCGUUGCACUUGUCGGUUCGUCAACAAGCUUUUAAUCUCCAGUUUUGUUGAGAGAUGGCAACCUGAGACGAACACAUUUCACAUGACAAUUGGUGAGAUGACCUUGACCCUAGAUGAUGUUAGCAUUAUUCUUGGCCUUCCCAUUGUAGGCAAAUCAGUCAGCGUACCAGAUGUGACAGAUCAUCAUGGAGUUACAUUACUCGUUUAUGGCUUGGGAAUUACUGAACGUGCAGCGUAUGAAGAGGUUUCUACUGCUAGUGGCAAUUUAGUCAGGCUUGAAUGGUUGCAAAGUCAGUUUGCUGGUGUCACAGAUUCAGACCCCGAUGAGGCUAUACAGUGCGCUGCUAGAGCUUAUUUGUUGUUUCUGUUGGGAUGUACACUCUUCAGUGACAAGAGUGGCGGCUGA